AUGGCCACUGGACCAUGUGACACAGAACUUCAUUGUCCUAAGGUCACCAUGGCCACUGGACCAUGUGAAGGAGGACUUCAUUGUCCUAAGGCCACCAUGACCACUAGAGCAUGUGAUACAGGACUUACUAGUCCUAAGGUCAUCACAGGACCAUGUGAUACAGAACUUCCUUGUCCUAAGGUCACCAUGGCCACUGGACCAUGUGAAGGAGGACUUCAUUGUCCUAAGGUCACCAUGACCACUAGAGCAUGUGAUACAGGACUUACUAGUCCUAAGGUCAUCACAGGACCAUGUGAUACAGAACUUCCUUGUCCUAAUGUCACCAUGGCCACUGGACCAUGUGAAGGAGGACUUCAUUGUCCUAAGGUCACCAUGGCCACUGGACCAUGUGAAGGAGGACUUCAUUGUCCUAAGGUCACCGUGACCACUAGAGCAUGUGAUACAGGACUUACUAGUCCUAAGGUCAUCACUGGACCAUGUGAUGGAGGACUUCAUUGUCCUAAUGUCAUCAUGGCCACUGGACCAUGUGAUACAGAACUUCCUUGUCCUAAGGUCACCAUGGCCACUGGACCAUGUGAUGGAGGACUUCAUUGUCCUAAGGUCACCAUGGCCACUGGACCAUGUGAUACAGGACUUACUAGUCCUAAGGUCAUCACAGGACCAUGUGAUACAGAACUUCCUUGUCCUAAGGUCACCACAGGACCAUGUGAUACAGGACUUCCUUGUCCUAAGGUCACCACAGUACCAUGUGAUACAGGACUUCCUUGUCCUAAGGUCAUCAUGGCCACAGGACCAUGUGAUACAGAACUUCCUUGUCCUAAGGAGGAUCACAUGAUACAGGACUAA